AUGGUUAACAUUGAAAAAUUUAAGGCGGAAGAGAUUGCCACUGAAAACUGCAACCCUCGCUUAGACCUAUCCAAUUUUUGUACCAUCGAAAGAUUCUUAGAGGUUACAUCCGGUAUGAAUCUUGCUGAACGCAUCGCGGGGUCAACAGAAAGGUAUGCUGUGUGGACAUGCCGACAAGUGCUGCUGACGCGUGAAUGGGGAAUUCGUCGCUGCUUUGAAGGGGACCGUGUUCUUGUGGGCACAGGGUUUUUCAAUUUAGGAAAUACGUGUUUCCUUAACUCAACUCUGCAGGCUCUUUUUCACAACAAUGACGUCGUCAAGUGGCUUGAAAAUGAUUUUCAUCACAGAGUUGGCUGUACCAAAGAUGAUUGCAUUACCUGCACUUUACACUACCUCUGCUUGGAUAGCAAAUCUUCAAAAUCUGCAGUCGCACCAGAAAAAUUAGUUUCAAACCUUAAUUGUUUUUGGAAGGACUAUAAAAUAAAUGUUCAACAGGAUGCACAGGAGUUUCUUUGUAUAUUAUUUAAUAGACUCAAUGAUGAGUUUUUACUCAGAAUAUCAGAUGAACAGGUUGUCCAGGAAGGUGUGAACGAAGGGCCUAUUUCAGCAAUUACAGAAGGUUCCUUUACAUGCGAGAUUCAUUGCACAUCAUGUUCUAAGGCUAGCGUUACCACACAGCCAAUCGGUCUGCUACCGCUCCCAUUAGAAAAAGCCACAAAAGUGGAAGAUUGUCUACAAAUUUUCUUUACUCCAGAGUUAAUCAAUGAAUACAAUUGCCCGAUGUGUUGCAAAACGCAGGUUGCUGCAAUAAAGAGACUUAAAUUAAGAGAGCCUCCGAAAGUUUUAAUCUGCUACUUAAAGAGAUUUAAUGCGAAUGGUACAAAAAUUUUUAAAAAUAUAUCUGUGCAAGAAACAUUAAGUGUCAGUGAUUUCAUGGAGACUGGCACUCCAUGCAACUAUUCAAUGUUUGGUUCCAUCCUGCAUGGCGGCAAAAGAUCAAAAAUUGGUCAUUAUGUUACUGUCGUGAAAAAUAACGAGAAGUUUUACCAGUUCAAUGAUUCACAGGUUCAGCAAGUAACAGAAAAUGAGCUUCUUACAAAUAAGGGCUACAUAUAUUUUUACAAACUAAACAACAACUAGAUCUAAUCUUUUCGAAGUAUAUUCCAGUUUUGUAAA